GUUAGAUUAGGGUGGUGUAAAAUGUCAAAGAGCCCACUCAGCCAUGCUGUGACAUUGUUUACAAAACAAGAACGGAUCAAAGUGCAUCAAGCGCACAGGUAUCACGGUAGCUGUGUGUGGCACGCACGAAGAAAAGGGAGGCGUAUCGCGAAAAAUAAUCAUAAAAAAGAGUCGACGACAAAAGAUGAUGUGUCAAAUCAGUGUAGACCUGCUGGCAAGAAAAUUCCUUUCCCGGGAUUGGGGGAGAAAGUUCUCCGUUUGAAGUAUAAAAGGUUAUCGAAGCAGGGAGCAAAAACGAACUGGACCGAAUGAAGAAAAUUGGCCACUAAAUGAGAUCGUCUGUAAGUUACAUGUUAUCGCAAGGACCAGGUGACCCGAUAAUGGCGCUUCCAGACUACGAGCAGCAUCACUAUCAUCACGGUUGUCUGCUAAUCCUUGUACGCGGAAUCGGUCCACUGAAGCCGCGAUCUCUGCAGCGUGUUUCCGAACGAAUUCAGCGACUGAACAACGUCAAAAUUCCUGAUUCUUCAGGAAUAACUCGAGAUAUUUGGGUCCGAUAUAUUAGAGACCAUCCAGUGGAAAAUAAUGAUUGGGGUGAUUUCCAGCCGCAUCGGAGACUGCUGGGUUUGAUAACAGUUGGCAAAUUCGACAACCAAACCGAGCUGAAUGUAACAAUCUACGGCAGAAAAAAACCGAUAUGGUGAUUAACGGCAUCGAUUCCGGACAAAACCUCCGCUUCUUCUAACUCGCCAGCUUCUUCUAUCAGAUAACAUUUUCAUCUGGAUCAGGUGGCAGCACGGCCAGUGGAAGUUCUUCGCUCACCGAUUCUGGAACGCUGGUUAACAAAUCAACUACUACCCAGAAGUUCCCUCCGAACAUUCUCCAACCGGAGGAAAUUCCAGCCCGUUAUCGAGAAGCGAUUAUUAAUUACAGCAAGUAUCGUAGCGCAGGUAGUAUCGAAACAGAAGCUGCUCUGAAAGCAGCCGGAAUCUGUAUUGAACAGGGAAAAAACUUGGACGUAGCAAUGUUCCUUCAAAACGUACUUUACAUUAACCUCAACAUGAUCGAACAACAGCGGGUUCGGCGGUUUGAAGUACUCACAGAUCUGUACCAGAAAAUAGGCUACAACAGAAAAGCCGCAUUCUGCCAACGACUUGCUGCCUGGCGACACGUUGCCGUUAGUAACACCAACCCUGACUGGGGCCAAAGUUAUCGAAUCAUGCUGGAAAGUUUCCCAGGGCACAAGCUCGUUCUUGUACCACAACAGGUACUCGAGAGCAACAUCGGCUGGCCGGUUUUACAGUACUCACAUAUCUGUACCAGAAAAUAGGCUACAACAGAAAAGCCGCAUUCUGCCAACGACUUGCUGCCUGGCGACACGUUGCCGUUAGUAACACCAACCCUGACUGGGGCCAAAGU